CUCCAACUGAAAUCGACAUCUGGUAACAUCGCCAGGCCCCUCCACCCAGCUGAGCUCCCGGACACGACACACAGUCCAUUAGCCAUGGACGCCCGAAACGCGCUGUUCACCAGGAGCAAUAAGGGCCAGAGUCCAGCUCCGGCCGGCCUCCCCGCGCGCCCUGUCAGGCGAGAGCCCGACCAACAACCACAGGGCGGCAACUACUCCCUCCCUCGACCACCCCAGCCCCAAGAUCCCUAUCGACCGUCUCCAGCACCUCAGCGGCAGCAAGCCCCUCCCAGCCAAUGGCAAGAACCCCCCCAGGGCAACUAUUCCCAGCAGCCUUACCAGCCUCAGCAGAGCAACAACUCUCAGUAUCGUGACAGUCCGCAGUUCGAUAAUUACAACCCGCAGAAUCCUGGUCGGUCUCCUAUGCCGCCUACGCAGCGUCCCAGCCAGCAGAACUUUUCGAACGAGAAGAGACCCGCGCAACCGAUGCCUUACCAGGCGUCUGGCGCCAGUGCCAAGCGCGCGCUUGUCGACAAGGUCGGAGAUCCGGAGUGGCUAUAUGCAAACAAGAGCGCUGUUCCCCACCACCUCUUUCCUGGAGCUGCGAAUGGUCCGGCUGGUCACCAGUAUAAAUCCGGGGAGGGAGAAUACUAUCUUUGGAUCCUCGACAAAUCCCGAGUUCUCACAGCCAAGCCGAAAGACACCUUUGAUGCGGGUGACCCCGCCUUUACAGUCAAUAAGUUUCAGAGACCUUGGCUUGACUUCCCCGAAUUCGCACCGAAAGGAGAGAUGUGUGAGGUGCAACCUUACGACGGUCCCCGCCCGGCACUUGGAAGGUUGACGAUCACCAUAGACUUUGCAUCUCCUACAGCACGAAAGGGAGGGACGCCAGAGUCAUCAGUGAUGUACAUGCAGAAUGAACUCAGCGACUCUCUGAUGCGGAAGACAAUUGGUGACUUCUACGCACCUGGACAAGGAGGUCUUCUGCUGUAUGGCAUGAAUGACAAGAAGGACCCCAAGCUCAAGUUCGAGGUCGACUCCAUACAAUUCCUUGACCCAUACACUGGGAAUUUAGAAGCACCAAUCACGAACGACGAUGAGCGAGGCAUCCUCACAGAAAGUACUGAGCUCGUCUUCAAUAAGGCUUCAAGUUCGCCGAUCAAUGUUCAACUCGACCAUCGCGCACCGGCAAAGAACGCCAUCAUCCGGCCUGAUUUCAAGUUCGCUGAUAUGGGGAUUGGCGGCCUGGACGAAGAGUUCAGUACGAUAUUCCGACGUGCCUUUGCGUCUCGCGUCUUCCCCCCAGGAUUGGUACAGCAGAUGGGUAUCUCCCACGUCAAAGGACUCCUGUUGUAUGGGCCUCCUGGCACAGGCAAAACCCUUAUUGCUCGGCAAAUUGGAAAGAUGCUCAAUGCCAAACCACCAAAGAUUAUCAACGGCCCCGAGAUCUUGAACAAAUAUGUCGGUCAGUCUGAGGAGAAUGUUCGCAAGGUCUUCAAGGAUGCCGAGGAUGAAUACAAGGAGAAGGGUGACGCCAGCGAUCUGCACAUUAUCAUUUUCGAUGAGCUGGAUGCUGUGUGCAAGCAGCGUGGCAGCACUGGCGGCGGUACUGGAGUUGGCGACAGUAUUGUGAACCAGCUUUUGACCAAGCUCGACGGCGUGGACUCACUCAACAACAUUCUCCUUAUCGGUAUGACCAACCGAAAGGACAUGAUAGAUGAGGCUCUGCUGCGACCAGGACGUCUCGAAGUCCAUAUGGAGAUUUCGUUGCCUGACGAGAACGGACGCAUCCAGAUCUUGAACAUCCACACUGCCAAGGUUCGGGCAAUGAACAAGUUAGGGGAUGAUGUCGACAUCAAUGAGCUUGGCAAAAUGACAAAGAACUUCUCCGGCGCUGAGCUGAAUGGUCUGGUCAAGGCGGCUCUGUCAUAUGCCUUCACACGCCACACGAAGAUCGGUGACGUCACGGGUGUCGAGGGCCGGCCUGAGGAUGUCAUGUUGACACGAGAUGAUUUCAUGAGGGCUCUUGAAGACGUAAAGCCUGCCUAUGGUGUCUCUGAAGAAGAGCUAGAGAGCUCGGCUCCUAACGGCAUCGUGCACUACAGCCCACACAUCCGCACCAUUCUUUCGAACGGGAUGAACUUUGUCGAGCAACUGCGGGCUGAGCAGAACGCCCCUCUCCUGUCUGUACUGAUCCAUGGUGCACGGGGUGCAGGCAAGACGGCACUGGCUGCUGAAAUCGGACUCAAGUCCAAGUUUCCUUUUGUGAAGCUCGUGAGACCUAUAGACGUUGGUUCGAACGAGAGCGCAAAACUCGAAUAUCUGCGGCGGGUGUUCGCGGAUGCCUACAAGUCGACGUUGAGCAUGGUCAUCCUUGAUCGUAUCGAAGCCAUCAUCGACUGGAACCCGAUCGGUCAGCGAUUCUCCAAUGCUGUUGUGCAGUAUAUCAGCGCUUUGCUGCAGACGAGCCCGCCGAAAGGUCGUCGGCUGCUGAUCGUUGCAACCACCAGUCGGCGCAACAUGCUUGAUAUGCAUGAGUCACUCGAGUUCGACCGCGAAAUUACGGUCCCAACCAUCCAGAACCUCCGAGAACUGCACCAGCUACUGACAGCGACGGAAAAGCUCGAAGAACAAGACAUCACUGAGACCCUUAAUGAACUACGGGAAAACAGAGGAGAUGAAGAAGUUGGUGUUGGUGUCAAAGCCAUCUUCUCCGCGUUGGAGACUGCCAUGGUCAGGAAAGAUCUUCCUCUGGCGUCCUGCCUCGCCUCUGAGCUCAGCGAGAUCAUUGACCAGAGAAACCCCAAGCGAGUAUAUGACCAGAGGGUGCCGAGACAGAAUCGCAUGGACAUUGACCGCGAUGUUAUGUAGAUCAAGUAGAGUCAAACUUCAAUAUUCGUAGC